CAACUGUGGGGUGUGCGAGCGGGUGCGCGCGCGCGCGGGGCGGACUUGGGCGCGAGCGCGCCGGGGCUGCGACGCGGAGAGGAGAGGAAAUAAGGACGGAGCCGACUGCCCGCGUGGACGUGCGAGGGGGCUGAGCGCUGCCGCGGCGCCCCUUGGAAGGAAUCGGGGCCAGGCCAGCGGGCGUGGAGGGGCCGUCGGUGCCGGUGUCACACCGCCUGAAUUCGCGGACGAGGAGGGACUGCGAAUGCCGGCGCAGGUAAAAGAAAAUCAACAACCAACAUUGGAGCAAUCUAUGCAUUAACUAUGUCCAGGAGGAAGUCAGAGACCAAAAGCCAUCCUGGCUUGUUUCUUACGUCUUUUCAGACGCAAAUAAGAACAGACAACUUCCACAGUUUCUAUGAUGUUGAGCCCAAAGAGUUGGGAAGAGGAAAAUUUGCUGUGGUUAGAAAGUGUAUUGCAAAACUAACAGGUCAGGAAUAUGCAGCUAAGUUUCUAAAGAAGAGGAGGAGAGGACAGGACUGCAAAGCAGAGAUCCUACAUGAAAUUGCCAUUCUAGAAUUAACCAAGCUGAGUCCUCGUGUAGUAAACCUCCAUGAAGUUUAUGAAACAACAAAUGAAAUCAUCUUAGUAUUGGAAUAUGCUGCUGGAGGAGAAAUCUUCAAUUUAUGUCUGCCUGACAUAGAGGAAACUGUAGAUGAGACUGAUAUUAUUAGGCUUAUACGGCAAAUACUUGAAGGCAUUUGUCAUCUGCAUGAAAACAACAUUGUGCAUCUUGAUUUAAAGCCCCAGAAUAUUUUAUUAAGUAGUAUAUGUCCCCUUGGUGAUAUAAAAAUUGUUGAUUUUGGUAUGUCUCGGAAGAUUGGCAGCUAUGGUGAACUACGGGAAAUCGUUGGAACCCCUGAAUAUCAAGCACCAGAAAUUUUAAAUUAUGAUCCCAUUACUACCGCAACAGAUAUAUGGAGCAUAGGAGUAAUCUCAUACAUGCUGCUUACACAUGAAUCUCCAUUUGUGGGAGCAGAUAAACAAGAAACGUACCUCAAUAUUUCCAAAGUAAAUGUGGAUUAUUCAGAAGAAACUUUUGCUUCAGUUUCACCAUUGGCCAGAGACUUCAUUCAAAAGCUGCUUAUUAAAAAUCCAGAAGAGCGACCAACAGCAGAGGCCUGUCUAACUCACUCUUGGCUUCGACAAGAAGAAUUCCUCUUGUUGUAUAGCCCUGAAGAAAGUCCUAGUUCUCCAAACCAUGAUCAAAUGCAUAAAUGCCCAGAAGAGAGAAAUAAUAAUAGGCCCAUGUGCAACGAGCGAGAGGAUAAAGAGAAUAUUCCAGAAGACAGCAGUACACUCUCCAAACGAUUCCGGUUUGAUGAUUCUUUGCAAUACCCCCAGGAAUUUACAACGGACAUCAUAUUUUAAUAAAUGCACUCCUGCAAAUUUUGAACUGAAUUUAGGAUGCUAAUCUACUCCUGUGGUACAUGCCUUAAAGACUAUGGCUUUGUCCACUACUGCAUUGUGGUUGUCCUGGAAAUGCACUUUCAGUUGAUCUUGUGUUGGCCCUUCUUUGUGCUGCCAUUGCUGGCAAUGGGUUUGACUCUUGGGAAGUUGAAGUCUUGGCACCUGAAGUGGCUUGUCUUUGGAGGCAAACCGAUAACUGAAUAUAUUUGCACUUUUUACAUUGAAGUCCAUAGCAUAGUUUUUGGUGUGCUUAUAAAGGACCAGUGGCUAAUAGUGGAGAAAAGAGCAAGAAAGGGGGGUGAGUGGGAGAGAAUUAGGGAAAGUGGGAAGAAGUAACUUUUGAAUGUUAACAAAUAAAGCCUCGACAAACAUAUCAUAACCAUGUUCUAAGCCAAAGAGUGAGCUAAUGAUACAUAGGCAUUUGUAUUGUAACUACAGCUACAUGAACUUGGCAGAGCAGAGAAAUGAGCCCUUUUGUUCAAAACGUCUAGUGGUACAGUCUCAUGCUGUCUUCUUUUCUUGAAAGUUUCAGAUCAGUGACUUAUUAGUAUAUAGCUGUACUACAAUGGAGCCUUUUGAGUUGGUGUUUCCACUUCGAAUAUUCACUGAGGCUCAAGUGCUUGGAUUGGCUUCCUGACUGGCAGCCCAGUCUUUUGCAUGUUUACUCAGAAGUUAGCCUCACUAAGACUUAUUCUAACCUAAGUGUGAAUAGGAUUGCAGUCUUAGAUCAUUUUCAUGCAUGGCACAUAAAUCCGUGUUUGCAUUUCCCAGGUUUGUAAUGCAAAUGUAAUAUCUGGAUUGACUAGAAUGCACAUUUAAUUUUAAAACCUUUCACUUCCUCUGUGCACAAAUACUACGAAAGAGUCUUAGAGCUGAUUCUAGAGUCGUGAGUGAAAAUGCCUUUAGCUAUUUUCUUUCUUACAGAGUGUUGUGGCAUCGGUCUUAUACCAUGCAGAGAGGAAAAUCUGUGCAGUGCUAUGCAUUUCUGAAGGGCAGCUUAAAUCUUGUAGAGUUUAAGUUAGAAGGCUCCUAUUUAUAUCAACAAAUUUAGUUUGAAUGAGAUUUUCCAAGAAAGUGUAGUGUCAGCUGUGUUAAUAAUAUAUUCUGCAACUGAAGUUGACUUCUUCAAAUUAUUUCCCUAAAUCACAAUUAUUUCCAUUUCCCAUGUGACAGUUGAACUUGUUGAUCUUACCAACCAAUAUAUGAUAUUACUAAUAGGCAUACAACAGUCCAAUGCUAUCCCUCUUACUCAGAAGUAAUCCCCACUAAGAUAAGGUGACUUACUGCUAAGUAAAUGUGCAUAGGAUUGCAGCCCAAAGCCUUGUAUAAUACGUGCAGCUAAUAUUCAUGAGUACAAGUGAAAUGAAGAAAAAUACAGAUGAGAAACAGUGCUUUGCAGCAUUAAAACUGCUAAUUAUUUUACAAACUUAGUAAAAUGCCCAGUUUUGAGAUGUGCAUACCAGUGCCCUUUCUUUUACCAGCCAAAUCUUACAAGCAAUGAUGUGAGUCUACAAGCAUGCGGAAGUGGUAAGGAUCAAGGUAGUGCAGAAUCAAACCCACAUUCAGAAAUUCAUUACUGAAUUGCAGUACUGAAAGCCAUAUUUUCUUUAAACUGUCAAGUUUUAUGGGAGGUGAGGAGUCAACCAUUACUGUAUUCUAAUUUGAUUGCUAAAAGUUUUAAUUUUAGACAGUUUAAGAAAAAAAACAGGAUAAUAUUGCAUAAAUACUUUUAUAAUAGAAUAAAGGUUAAAAGUGAAAUAGCACGCCACAAUGUAUAUGCCAGCACUUUAUGAAACAGAAUAUGCUAGAAUAACUAUGUUUCCAUUGUGGUAAUUCUAAAAAGUUUACAUUUUUUACAGCUUUCUUCUAGUUUUACAACUUAUUCGAAUUUUUAAGAAGUUUUCAUCAAUAGUGUUUCUGAUUUUAUGAACACUUGUAUAUAAAUUCAGAGUAUCACUUGAAUCUGACAAUUCUUAAUUUUGUUUGGAUAGCUCUGAUUUUGUAAGUUUUCUUGUUUAUACAUAUGUUUGUAUAUAAUUUUAUUGGAAUUAUAAUUAUUCUCUGAAUUAGUUGUUUUAUGUGCAAUAUUAAUGAGCCUUUAGAUGGCCAUAAACGGUUACUGACAGUA